AUGGCCCUGUCCAAAAUCAACAUUCUGAUGGUGGUGCCGCUGAUCUCGUGGGUUGCCGCUGUUCCGGCAGCCUACGACGUCGUCUGGGCUGAUUGGAUGACCGGGGCCAUGCCGUCCAAUACCGCUGCCUGUGCGGCUCCUUUCGCGACGCUCGUCACGUCCUCUACCAGCCUGUCUUAUUCGCCAGUUGCUGCCGCAGUCACUUACCAAACACUGGCACUUUCCUCUGAUUCGCUGUCCCUUGCUCCGUCGGCAACUGCGUCAUCUGCUUUCUCCACUUCCGCCAGCACGGUGCAGUCGGUAGCCUCCGUCGCCGCGGCGAUCAGUGUUCAGCCCCAAAAUGGCUCAACCACGGGUUCUUGCGAGGGAGCCAGUGACUCCUGCGUGGGCGACGUGACUCAUUGGGAUGGUGGAGUGGGCGCCUGCGGCUGGGCCGUGGACACCAAUAGCGACUAUGAAAUUGCACUCCCUUAUGCCUUCAUGGGGUCCCAAUCGAAUGGAAAUCCGUACUGUGGUCGGUCAGUCACUUUACACAAUCCAACCUCUGGCACCACGGUCCAGGCCACCGUGGGUGACAAGUGUGAAGGCUGUACCGAUCGGUCCAUCGACUGCACUGAUAUCCUGUUCAACGCCAUCACUGAUGGUGAAGGCGAUGGCCGUAUGCACGGUAUUCAAUGGUGGUUGAACUGA